AUGCUGUGGCUUGCACAAGCAUUGUUGGUCGGCCUUGCCCAGGCAUCGCCCAGAUUCCCUCGUGCUACCAACGACACGGGCAGUGGUUCUUUGAACAAUGCCCAGAGCCCGCCAUACUACCCAAGUCCUUGGGUAGAUCCCACCACCAAAGAUUGGGCGGCUGCCUACGAAAAGGCAAAGGCUUUUGUCAGCCAAUUGACUCUUCUUGAAAAGGUCAACCUCACAACCGGUACUGGAUGGCAGAGCGACCACUGCGUCGGUAACGUGGGCGCUAUUCCUCGUCUUGGCUUUGACCCUCUCUGCCUCCAGGACAGCCCUCUCGGCAUCCGUUUCGCAGAUUACGUCUCUGCUUUCCCAGCAGGUGGUACAGUUGCUGCGUCAUGGGACCGCUAUGAGUUUUACACCCGCGGUCACGAGAUGGGCAAGGAGCACCGGAAGAAGGGCGUCGACGUUCAGCUUGGUCCUGCCAUUGGACCUCUUGGUCGCCACGCCAAGGGCGGUCGUAACUGGGAAGGCUUCAGUCCUGAUCCUGUGCUCUCGGGUGUUGCCGUGGCCGAAACGGUCCGCGGUAUCCAGGAUGCUGGCGUCAUUGCCUGCACCAAGCACUACCUUCUGAACGAGCAGGAGCAUUUCCGUCAGCCUGGCAGUUUCAAGGACAUCCCAUUUGUCGAUGCCAUCAGCUCCAACACCGAUGACAAGACUCUGCACGAGCUGUACCUGUGGCCCUUUGCUGAUGCUGUCCGCGCUGGUACUGGUGCCAUCAUGUGCUCUUACAACAAGGCCAACAACUCGCAAGUCUGCCAAAACUCGUAUCUCCAAAACUACAUUCUCAAAGGCGAGCUUGGAUUUCAGGGUUUCAUUCUAUCUGACUGGGACGCACAGCACUCGGGUGUUGCCUCGGCUUAUGCCGGUUUGGACAUGACCAUGCCCGGUGAUACUGGAUUCAACACUGGACUGUCCUUCUGGGGCACUAACCUGACCGUCUCAAUUCUCAACGGCACCAUUCCUCAGUGGCGUCUCGACGAUGCGGCCAUCCGUAUCAUGACUGCAUACUACUAUGUCGGCCUUGACGAGUCUAUCCCCGUCAACUUUGACAGCUGGCAAACUAGCACGUACGGAUUCGAGCACUUCUUUGGAAAGAAGAGCUUCGGUCUGAUCAACAAGCACGUUGACGUUCGCGAGGAACACUUCCGCUCCAUCCGCCGCUCUGCUGCCAAGUCUACUGUUCUCCUCAAGAACUCUGGCGUCCUUCCCCUCUCUGGAAAGGAGAAGUGGACUGCUGUAUUUGGAGAAGAUGCUGGCGAGAACCCAUUGGGUCCCAAUGGAUGCGCUGAUCGCGGCUGCAACUCUGGCACGUUGGCCAUGGGCUGGGGUUCAGGAACUGCAGACUUCCCUUACCUCAUCACUCCUCUCGAAGCCAUCAAGCGCGAGGUUAACGAGAACGGCGGCGUGAUCACUUCAGUCACCGACAACUACGCUACUCUGCAGAUCCAGACCAUGGCCAGCAGGGCCAGCCACUCGAUUGUUUUCGUCAACGCCGACUCUGGUGAAGGCUACAUCACCGUCGAUAACAACAUGGGUGACCGCAACAACCUGACUGUGUGGGGCAAUGGUGAUGUGCUCGUCAAGAACGUCUCUGCUCUGUGCAACAACACCAUUGUGGUUAUCCACUCUGUUGGCCCAGUCAUUGUUGACGCCUGGAAGGAGAACGCCAACGUGACUGCCAUUCUCUGGGCUGGUCUCCCUGGCCAGGAGUCUGGUAACUCGAUUGCUGACAUUCUGUACGGACACCACAACCCUGGUGGCAAGCUCCCUUUCACCAUUGGCAGCUCCGCCGAGGAGUAUGGCCCUGAUGUCAUUUAUGAGCCCACGAACGGCAUCCUCAGUCCCCAGGCCAACUUUGAAGAGGGCGUCUUCAUUGACUACCGCGCAUUUGACAAGGCGGGCAUUGAGCCCACGUACGAGUUUGGCUUUGGUCUUUCGUACACGACUUUUGAAUACUCGGAUCUCAAGGUCGCUGUGCAGUCUGCCGAGGCUUACAAGCCUUUCACCGGCCAGACUUCGGCUGCCCCUACGUUCGGAAACUUCAGCAAGAACACCGAGGACUACCAGUACCCUCCCGGCCUUGUUUACCCCGACACGUUCAUAUACCCCUACCUCAACUCAACCGACCUCAAGACGGCAUCUCAGGAUCCCGAGUACGGCCUCAACGUUAGCUGGCCCGCGGGCUCUACCGAUGGCUCGCCUCAGGCCCACAUUGCGGCUGGUGGUGCGCCCGGUGGUAACCCCCAGCUCUGGGACGUUCUGUUCAAGGUCGAGGCCACCAUCACCAACACUGGUGAUGUUGCUGGUGACGAGGUGGCCCAGGCGUACGUCUCGCUUGGUGGCCCCCACGACCCCAAGGUGCAGCUCCGUGGCUUUGACCGCUUGAGCAUCAAGCCCGGCGAGAGCGCCGUCUUCAGUGCCAACAUCACCCGCCGUGAUAUCAGCAACUGGGACACUGUCAGCCAGAACUGGGUCAUUUCCGAGUAUCCCAAGACGAUCCACGUUGGUGCCAGUUCGAGGAAUCUUCCUCUCUCUGCCCCACUGGACACUAGCAGCUUUAAAUAG